AUGUCCCUCCCUCCGGGGCGCCUACAUGCGCCUAUAUCCAGCAAACACCCCUCCAACGCGGAUAGCCACCGUGGGAAGCUCUCUAAGAUCCAGGAGGCGGAGCUGGUGGUGGAAAUCAAUGCUUAUGCCGAGCGGGGUACCAACCUUUGGGUCUCACACGUCCAACAGCUGGGGGAAGCACUGGCUGGGAAUGAACUGGGCGUCGCGCUUCAUCCAGCGAGAGAUUUCUACGAUAUAGUGGGUCUGGUCGGCCUCAUGUUUACCCUCAACUCCCGUAUCGCCUUUACCAUCGCCAGUGAUGAGAGCCACCAGACGUCCCAAGUGUUUGGCAUGAGCAACGACGACCAGCCAUACGGCUACGACGAGACCAUGAAGCACGGCCACCGCAAGAUGGAGUCGAUCUCGGACGAAGAGACUGCACUUGACCGCUUCCAGCGCUGUCUAAGCAAGACGCGCCAUGUUGACUGA